UUCUCAAAGACGUCUCUGGCGAUGGUAACCAUAGCAACUCCACGUCUUCAAGUGAUCCCUCGGUCACGCCUCUCGUCGUUUUCAGCACGCUCGUUGCCGUUUGCGGGUCUUUUGUCACUGGGUGUGCUGUUCUCUCAAAUUCGAGUGAAUGCUUCGUUAGAGAAAGAAAGAGGAAGAAACAAAUUCUUGUUUUUUCUUUCUUUUUUCGCGUGUCUGGGGUGUUGUGUGGAGUUAAUAAUGUUGCAGAAGCACCUGCUGGCCUGUUGUGGAUCACCUGGCUUAAUAGAUACAAAAUAUUAGGUUGACCUGGAAUUGUUUAAGAAUAAAAAUGUCAUAACUGAAGUUGCUACUUUAUGAUCAAUUACGUUUGUUAUGGAAACUCAAUUUGGCAAAGAGACCUGAAAUUAUCACAUUUCACUACUUGGAUUGCAUAUCUGAGAAAAGAUACUUCUGAAAAACCAAUUUAGAGUCUGGUUAUUCAUCACCGGCCGAGUUGGGCAUAAUGGAGGACUUGGGACUCUCUACGGCAGCGUAUUCGCUUUUUGGUUCUAUACUUGCAAUAGGAGGGUUAGUAGCAGCUUUGGUUAAUGGGUGGAUGACAGAUAUGAUGGGUCGCAGACGUACAAUGGGGAUUUCACAAAUAAUUUCCACUGCAGGAUGGCUUUCUAUAGCAUUUGCCAAGAAUGCCUUGUGUCUCGAUAUUGGAAGACUGUUAAAUGGACUUGGCAUGGGGAUUGCAUGUUACGUGGUACCUGUGUACAUUGCCGAAAUAACACCCAAAAGUAUCCGGGGAGCAUUCACAGCUUUAAAUCAGUUUUUGAUAUGCUGUGGCAUUUCGUUGAUUUUCUUUCUUGGAACUAUUGUUUCCUGGCGUAUCUUGGCCUUGAUAGGUUGUAUCCCCUGCGUACUUCAAAUUUUCGGUUUAUUCUUUAUCCCGGAGUCUCCUAGAUGGCUGGUAAAAGUCGGUCAAGAAAAGGAGUUUGAAGCCACAUUGCAGAGACUCCGCGGCAAGAAUGUCGACAUUUCCCGGGAAGCAACUGAUAUCAGAGACUAUACGGAAACCUUUGAACGGCAAUCCCAGUCUAGAAUUCUUGAUUUGUUUCAACGAAGAUACGCUCAUUCCCUCAUAAUAGGAGUCGGAUUGAUGAUCCUUCAACAAUUUGGAGGGGCGAGUACAUUCACCUCCUAUGCGAGCUCUAUAUUUGAAUCAGCGGACUUUUCAAGUAGCAUUGGUACCCGAAGCAUGGCUAUUGUCCAGAUCCCGGCAACUGCUCUUGGUGUAAUCUUGACUGAUAAAGCUGGAAGGAGACCGCUUUUAAUGAUUUCUUCAGCUGGAAUGGGCUUGAGUUGCUUUGUUUUAGGAUUCUCAUUCUUCAUGCAGGACAUGCAGUAUUGGAAGGAAGUCACUCCCAUUUUGGUGUAUGUAGGCAUUAUGGUGUAUUCCGUAGCUUACUCACUUGGCAUGGCAGGGUUACCAUGGGUCAUAAUGUCCGAGGUAUUCCCAGUAAAUGUUAGAGGGUCGGCUGGAAGCCUGGUGACCUUCUCCAAUUGGUCCACUUCUUGGAUCGUCAGCUACACUUUUAACUUCAUGUUCGAAUGGAGUGCACCCGGAACCUUUUGGAUCUUCGCGUGCAUUUGCGGUUUGACUAUCUUAUUCACUGCGAAGCUAGUGCCGGAGACCAAGGGGCGAGAAUUGGAAGAAUUGCAAGCAUCACUUGCCCAUUUUCUGCAAUGAUUUGUACCUUGUUGAGAUCUGAAUUGGUAGGAUCAUUGUGUUGCCAACC